CCUGGCAACGCCAGCACACCAUGCUGGUGAAGUUCUUAGCGAUCGCGUUCUUUUAUUCGCUAGGAUAGCUUUAGCCGUGCUUUUGUGUUCUUGCUGCACGUGAAUUUAUAUUUGGUGUCAUAUUCCUGCUCCGGUUCACAAUCUUGUAACAUUCUUCGCUCUUGAUUUCAAAUUCCUUGCAUGCCAUGGCAACAAGAACGUCAACAGAACGUAGUACGGGCUGCUGAUGUGAUCACGAUCAUUGUCAUAUUUGUCUGAACUGUCAGGUAUCCAGUACAAUGUAUUCGUGAAGUUGUGUGUGUCGUUUAGGGGACUCUAGCAGCUUCGUUGGACAAGUAUCACACCGAUUGCCUGUCGUUCUAAUCAAACCUUUGAUCGAAUGGAACCAAUAUGUCAUUUUUACAUUAGCGUGAUAGUCGCAUGUUUAAUCGAAGUGACUGGCGGUAUUCCUGUUCGCAGUAAUGCAACGGAGACUCUAAAGGUGCUAACACAGCAAGUUUCUAAAGAAUUAAAAAUAGACUACAAUCACAGCAAGUAUGCUGGUAUUAAACCCAACCAGCUGACAGCUGAAUUGAUAAAGCCUCCAGACCACUUGGAAGGGCUUCCCAUGGAAAGAGAUGGCAAGCUAAAUAAGCAAUACAGGAACGAAGUGUUCUUAGGAACGAAGGCUUCAGAAGUAAACCAUGGAGACAAGGAUGAAACGCUUCUGAGAGAAGUUUUUAGGAAGGUUGAUACAAACAACGACGGGUACAUGAGCACGUUAGAACUCCAAAGGUGGAUAGCAGAGAAAGUAAAGGAGCACUACAGUCGAGCUGUUCAAGAUAACUUCUGGAUAUUUUCAGCACUAGACAAAAAUCAUGAUGGACGAGUUUCAUGGAACGAGUAUCACGUCAACUUCAUGCUCGAGCAAGGCUUCGAUGAAAAAUAUGCAAAGGAUCACCCAGAAGACCACAAGAUGCUAGAUAGGAAAUUGAAAGAGAAAAUCCUGCUCGACAAAGCAGCUUGGUACGAAGCCGCAAACUCUGACCCCGAUGCACUCAACAUUGACGAGUUUCUCACAUUCCGACAUCCUGAGCACAGUCACGUGUCACUCAUGGGCAUGGUGAACGAUAUCAUCUCUAACCUCGAUGACAAUGGAGAUGAACACCUCUCCGAGAAGGAGUUUGCCCAGCUUACACCUGACGAAACAAGUAAACGUACCAAGGACGACUGGAAGCGUGAACGGAUUGCAGAGUUCAGAGAUCACAUCGACCUCAACCAUGAUGGGAAAGCGAGCCGACAAGAACUCUUGAUGUACAACGACCCUGAAAAUCCGGUGCAUGCAAAGAGGGAAGCUAAAGAACUUGUCUUUGAAGCUGAUUCAAAUGGUGAUGGCUUACUAAGCCUGGAAGAAGUUCUAGCAAAAAAGGAAGUCUUCCUCGGAAGCAAGAUGGUCAAUACUGCAAGAAAUAUCCACGAUGAGUUCUGACAGAAUGCCUUGUGGCUAGCCAGGGCAGGGUAGGGAAAGAACAGUAUUAGCACUCCUGGCUGUGCUUCUUACGGUUUGUUUGAAAACGGACAAAUGCGGCAAUAUGUAUGGCAGUACAGGCCCAUGCGUGUUGAGGAUACUCCUUUUUCUUUAAUUCUUUCUACUGCGGUUUGUGCCAUUACAUUUUUUUUUUUCACUUGUUUUUUUUUUUUUUUAUAAAUUGUCAUGAGUAUGGUUUUGCAUUCCAUUUUUAUUCUUUAGAGACAGAUCUUAUUUAUAUUUGUGAUGUGUAUUUCUUUUAUAUAUUUCUGGGUUUCUGAUGUCCUGACCCCCUCAAUAUCUGCCAUGACCGACAGAUACAAUCGAUCUCAGGCUGAGUAUGUAGCAUGCUGUCCCAGACCAGAUCCCCCUCAGAAAUGCCCUGGAUUCGCCGCUGCAGGUACCAUAGGAAAUGUGAAGCAGAGUUUUGGGCACUUCAAAACCGAAAUGUUGGUACGAUGUGGAACAAGGUGUGUGUGCAUGUAAGACAGGAAUUGGGAGUUAGUGGAAUCAGGGGAAGUACGAAUGAUGUAUGUAAAAAACAUAUACAUCAGAGUAGUCAGGUAAGAGCCAAGUAUCUAUGGAUAAAGAACCAGUUGGUGUUGUCCCAAUUCUUUUGAAUAGACACGAGAGAACGGAAAUCUAAUUGCAGGAAAACUAUCUCUUACAGGAUCACUCAGAAACCUGAUGCCUGAUGCUAACAUACUUGCGUUAACCUACUUAAGCUGAAGAAUCUCAGUCAUUUGUUGUCAAUGACGUCACAAUUUUUUAUUUUUCUACAAGUGAGUUCUGAUUAUAACGGUGAAUCCAAUAACAGGAACAAACAGUAAAACCAAUGGUAGCUGUACGUACAAGAAAUGCUGAACUUUCCUAAUUUUGCUCAGAGUAGUGAAGCGCGAGACGUGAGACUUAGACAUGACAUAUGUAGUUUGAGACCUGUAAGACAUGUAGCAUCCAAAUUUGUAGUUAUACCCAUGUCAAGUAAUUAACUUUGCUGAAAUAUGGAAGCAGCAAUGAAGUGUACCGUUGAACUGCUUAGAGUGGAGGCUUCUGAGUGAACCUUAAAAAAAAUAUCUUUCACACAACCACCCAACAAGCAUUUUAGAGCAAAAAUAUUUUCGAUCAAAGUACAAGAUAUGUGCAGGAAUCCAGAUUUACAUCAUUAUUACUUUUUUUUGUGUUGUCAGAAGAAACAAUGGUUCUCUCUGUUCCUGUAUAAUAUUGAAAUUUUGCAAUGGAAUUGCAACACACUUUCUGCUCUUGUUGACCACCUUUGGAUCAGCAAUGGCGAUUCAGCAAUAAAUAUCUAGCAUUUUAUCCAGUUCUUGUAUA